AUGAGGAGCGCGCCGAUCUGGAUGCUUGUGACUGCAAGCAUUUAUGGAAAUGUCUUGACGGCGCUAUCAAACGAACCCGAAUUGGUUUCUGCGUCAGAGCAUUUGCUUACUUCCUUGCCUGACAGUUCCGAUCCGUUGUCUGCAUAUACCAGUGCCGAAGAGACGUCAUCGCUCGUUCCGCAUCAAACCUCAGAUAUCAAUGAAUCACCGUCGGAUGGAAAACACACACCAAUGCCAUCACAUUCAGAACCAUACACGCUUCUCCCGAUCUAUCAAGUUGGGCGUCCGGUCCUACAACUACUCCCACAUCCAGAGCCAGAGACUCUCCUCCCAAUAUAUCAGCUGCCUGCGCCAGUGCUAAAUCCAAGCACCCCAAAUGACAUAUCGGCUACCUUUCAUCCGGCCUCGUCUCCUGUGAUACCGCCAAAUCACAUAAUUCCGUGGCAUCAUGUUUUUGAACCUCCGAUAAUUGAAGACUGGUCCCGUCAUUUGCAUCUCCCACCCCAGCUGAAUUCUCCUCAUCAUAACCCACCUCACCCUCACAACCCACCUCACUCGGACAUUCCAGCUCACCCUCACAUCCCACCUUACGCUCGCAUCUCACCUUAUCCGUACAAUCCACCUUAUCCGCACAUCUCACCGUACCCGCGUUCGCCUUAUCCACAUUCGCCUUACCCGUACAUGCUCCAUCGUCCAGGGACAAGCAGUGGAGCUAUCCAUCCUAUACACACGUUUCCCGCACCCCAAAUUUCUCCCUUUGGUCAUUCCAACCCGCGCAUUGAGAACACUUACACAAACAUCUUCCAUGACUCACCUUUCACGUCAUCCUUGUCUCAUCAUACGUUAAACCCGGAAGCGCCUUCCUUUCGCCCGACCUCUGAUUCUGCUAUGCGAAGAACAAAGGGUACUGGAUUUUUUCACACAGAACUCCAGAGAUUUGAUGAUGAUUUCCGCAUGAAAACUAGGCAAAAAGAUGUGUUUCCAAAUGACUCACCGGAAUCCUCAAUGCCGGCGUCAAGCAGUUCAAAGUUUGAAAUUUUACCAACCUCAAUCCAGAAGAAAAAGUUGAAGAAAAAGCUGAAAAAGCUCAGGAAAAAAUUGGAGUUCUUAAAUGAGAUAUCAGAAUCCUCAAUGCCUCCACCGAGUAGUUCAAAGCCUAAGACUUCACUAACCUUAUCUCAGCAGAAGUAUUUAAGGAGAAAGUCAAACAAGGCCAAGAAAUUGUUGGAGUCAACCCCGAUCGAAGGAUCAAAGCAGAAGACUAGUCGCAAGGUAUCCUGGAAGCACCUAAAGUGGAUGAAAGAGCGAGAAAAGUCAGAUCUGGCUCCAAACCACAGUUUUUCGCGAGCCCGAUCUGGAGAGACAGAGCGGUCAUCAGCGAAGGAAAUACUCAUUGGACAGCAUCGGGUCAAUAUAGAUUCUCCGCGAGCCAAUAACCCUACCACUUCUUGGCACCUUGCUGCAGCUCACAGCCAAGGCCUGGAAGAACCGACCAUCAGCCCUCAUGCGGAUCAGUUGUCGCCACAUUCUAUUUCUAGCGAGGCAUCCUUUCAUAGAUCAGAUCCAGAGGUUAACAGGGAGCCGGAGGAAGCUCAAACCUCUUCGUCAAAGCUUCAAGACCGACCCUCUGUAAAUGAACACACACCUGUCUUGGAUGUGAAAACCCCGACGCUCUUCGCGGGUCCGGAAGAUAAUACAGGUCCUAAGCCGCAUGUAUCUCCAGCUGGCAAGGAAAGCCUAGAGGAACACACGACAGGACUUCAUGAGGACCAGUUGUCACAUGAUCUAGUGUCCAGCAGGGCAUCUUCCCGCAGAGAAGAUGCAGAAUCUGAAAGGGAUCCAAGAGCGACUCAAGCCACUUCUUCAGAGCUCCAAGACCAACCCCCUGUACUUGAAAAUGCGCCUUUCUUGGAUGUGAAGGACUUGAAACUAUUCCCGGCUCUGAAAGAUAACAUCGAUUCGGAUAAUCGUGUCACCGCACCACUUUCCUUGUACAAACAUCUAAGCCCAUCUUUUUCGAGUUCCGAGGGCAAGAAAAUUUCGGCAGAGGCACCUUCAUCUUCAAAUUCCGUGACUAACGCAAGGAACCCCGACAAACUGAAGACUCCCGCAAAGUCAUUGACUCCAGCUACUCCGGUUGUUCGAGAAUUCAAGAAAAGACCAAAAAAAUUGGAAUCUGUACGGAGUGUUAUCACAACAAAUGAAGAUAAAAGAGCUGAUAUGGAAGCCACAUUCAAGAGGGCCCAAUUAGAGCGGUCUCCGAGGCUUGAGGAUUCAAGAGGGCAAAGUUCCAUAUCUCAAGCUCCUUUGUACUCGUCACUCAAAACUUCCCUGGACUCUUCAAGUCGCCCUGGGCAUUCUGGGGCAGAUUCACUCCUUGAAAGUGGCGUCAGUAAUCUAGAAAAGUUGAAAUCUGGUACUUCCAAUCCAGACAAUGACAGAAUUCCGCAGCGUCGGGUGAACAUGUUGUCCAAGCUAGAAUUACCGGAAGACGAUUUCAAGAGUCAAAAGAAAGCAUCUAAAGCUUUGUUAGAAGACCUGGACUUCGCAGAUCCAAAUCUUUUGAAUCAGAACAAAAAGGUUGCGCCCAAGUCUAAACCUUCCAAGACUCGUGCUAGCACAGUGGCCAAGGGCAAAGAUGUCAAAAUCGAUCCCCAAACAUCUACCUCAAUCGACUCGACUACAGCAGGACAGAAUUUCUGGUCGAAUGUAGCUCCGAUGAUUUCUCACUUGCGAGCAAAUACCCCAUCUGGCAAUCUACCCUUCCUUCCCUCAUCCACCUCCCAAUUUCUUGGAUUACUCAAAUCUCUUAAUCCUCUAAAGUGGAUGGGUAAAUAUGAGCCUGAUCCCAACGGAGUUAAAAUGUCUACGGAAGAAAUUAAAUACAUUGAAGAAUCCCAACAUGAAAAAGUUCACGACUCCACAGGUGCAAUUUUGGACAGUGAAAGUUCGAGCGCGCUCCCGACUUCCACACGUGUCCAGACACAUCCUAGUCGAAGAAAGAGAAAAAAGAAAGUUUCCUUGCCUGCGAGUGCAACCUCUGCGGAUGUCAACACAGCCGAGAAUUUCAAAGAACUAUCAGACAACCCUGCCCUGGAGGCAAUAACUAGAAGUCUCCAGGUCGACGACGAUCGACCAGCGACCACACUGAUUGGAAAGAUAUUCAGAUCUGGACCCAAAUGCAUUCAAAAGCCUCAGAAAAAGAACAUCAGCGGAGGAUGCAAUUUACUUCAUCAACUAAAACAUUAUGACAUCAGGGCGCGAUACACAAAGGUAAAGCCACGCCUUGAUUCAGUCACGAUCAAUAGAUGGAACAAUCUUUUUCGAAUUGAAGAACUCUGUCCAGCCCUCUCUCACAUCCAUAAAUCCGAUGACCUCAAGGUUCAACUAAGUUUGGGUGUAACAACAUUAUCGGAAUCGGAGAAAGAAGUCUUGACUGAGGUUCUGGGAGUGUCAGAAUUUAAGAAGCGGGUAGAUUUGAUAAACUACAUGCGACAACGAGACUCUGUGGGCAGAUGGUGGAGCGAAGAUGAACUACAAGAUGCAAGAUGGCAAGGUCUCAAUGUACUUGACUUACUUCUAAUUGGCGACUUGUUACAUUUUGGAAUGCCUCACGAGGACGGGUUUGAACCUUUCGGACCUAGAAUUACAUUAAUCCACAUGUAUGGAAAGAUGCUCACCCGAAAAAAUUACCCAGAAGUGUAUCCAAUCCGUGCAAAAUCAUGGGGAGAAUCUCCUGAAAGAGAGUGGUUUCACCAACACCCUACCCUUUGGUCCACAUACCAAGCCAGAAUGAAGAGUCUAAUCCUGAGCUCAGACUUCGAACUCCUAGGAGAUUCUGCAAUUCUUCGUGGACUAGGUCGACCACCUGUCAGUCCAUGGUGGAGCCUUGGUGAUUUUUUGAUGUGGAACGAUGAAGGUGUUCAUUUAGGCCAGAUGGCUGAAGUGGCCGACAGGGUUGGAAAGCAAUUAGGUUUAACACACUUCAGAAGAUUGACCCCCCGCGAUCUUGAAGUUGGAAUAGUGAAAUGGAAAAAGAUAUUCAGGGACAUGGAUUUGGAUUCAGACACCAAAGUCAAGGCAAAGAUCUGCCUCGAGAAAAGGGCUAGAUGGAACGUUGAGCCAAGAGGACUCGGUAGUAGCUUCCUUUCUUAUCUACUGAAUAAGGUCACGGGGAAUAUCUGA